AUGGCGGACGAUCUCACCGAAAAAUGGAGUAAUCUUAACCUGGAAGACGAAGAUAACGAUGUUGUUGACCUGGGCGGGAUAGAAUUGACAGAUGAGGAUGAUAGAGUAUCCCUAAUGCUAGUGGGAAAAUUGGUGAUUGACCUUGGUUUUAAUGUGGAUGCGUGCAAAAAAACGAUGAUACAAGCGUGGUUGAUGAAAGGUAAGGUUGUUAUCCGUGCAAUAGGGGAGAAUUUGUUUGUCUUCCAAUUCUUCCAUUGGCGUGACGAAGAGAAAGUGAUGUCGGGAAGGCCAUGGUGCUUUGAACAAAACCUUCUCCUAUUGCAUGAAAUAUCAGGGAACGAACAACCGAACAAAGUAGUCCUUACACACUCUCCAUUCUGGGUCAGAAUUGAGAAUCUCCCAUUCAAUUGUCGUUCAGAUGCCCAUGUCAAAGCUAUUACACCGAAACUGGGAGAAUUAAUGGAGAUUGAGGAGGACCUGCUGGGUAUUGAGAAGGAUCGUAGGCUACGUGUUAUGAUGGAUGUCACUAAACCCCUGCUCAAGUUUGUGAACGUGGUGAACAGGGAGGGCGCUAUGGUAAAGGUUAAAUUGAAGUAUGAGAGCUGA